CAUUUCCCAUCCUCAUCUUCGCAAUAAACGGUUUUUUAUACCAGGUACCACAAAAUUAAAUACGCAGAAAUCAACGUAUCAAGCUUGUAUUGCGCCAGGUAAUCGAGAAGGCCACUGUAUGCAUUUUAGUGGAUGUAUUCUAUCGAAGGAAUUUCUCAACAGUUCAAACGCUGAGCGAUUUAUGGACUAUAUAUGCAUAAUUGAGCAGACGUACAUGGGUAUAUGUUGUCCUGAUAGUGUCGUGACAGCUCGAUCGGAAAAUACAUUUGACGAUGAUUUAGCUAGCAAGUUACCAGCGAUAGCAAGUCUCGACGACGAUGAGAAAGAAUGGGACGAAGCUCACGAAAACGAGGACGAGAACGUAUCUUCCAACAAGACAAUGCACGGCGAUGCAAAUUUGCGAAAAGACGGGAUAUCGGUCAAGCAAGAGACAAGGAAACCACGAAGACCCAGAGGGUGUGGCACAACCACGAGAAUGAAAACCAGAAUCGCGGGAGGCCGACCGGCUGACCCUAAAGAGUGGCCAUGGAUGGCGGCCCUUCUUAGACAAGGCGCGAUUCAAUACUGUGGGGGUGUAUUAAUUACUGAUAGACACAUACUUACAGCUGCACACUGUGUUUACAAGUUCAAUCCGCGCGAUAUUACGGUGAGACUCGGCGAAUAUGAUUUCACUAAGUACGAAGAGACGCGAACGUUGGAUUUUAUGGUGUCGGAGAUACGAAUACACAGGGAUUUCAAAUUGAACACAUACGAGAACGACAUUGCUAUCAUUAAGAUCCAUCGACCCACCGUGUUUAAUAGCUAUAUCUGGCCCAUCUGCCUCCCGCCUAUUCAGCAAUCGUUCGAGAAUAAAGACGCCGUCGUUACAGGUUGGGGCACGCAAUACUACGGAGGACCUGCCAGCACAGUGCUGCUGGAAGCGGCGGUACCGGUAUGGCCUCAAGAAAGAUGCGUUCGCAGCUUCACGCAAUUGAUUCCGAAUACUACUCUGUGCGCCGGCGCUUACGAGGGAGGCCGAGACGCUUGUCAAGGUGACUCGGGUGGUCCGUUGGUGCAUCAACUCGCCAACGGUAGGUGGGUCAACAUCGGAAUAGUAUCCUGGGGUAUUCGCUGUGGUGAUCCCGGAUAUCCGGGAAUAUAUACCCGCGUCAGCUCUUACCUCGAUUGGAUAUUCGCGAACGCCAUGUUUUGAGAGUCACGUAGCCGUUCUCACGUGCCAAAGAUUUUUCUACUUUUACCUAUUACAUUUAGAAUAUUUUGCACUUACGUAAAGCAUGCAUUCGGCUGAUGAAACGAUCCUUCCGGCUCUGGCCAGCGAUGCGACACAUGAAAACGAGUUCGUUCAAAUGAUCGGACGUCGAGAUAAUUGUUAGACGAUCUUGAAAACGACUAAACUUUAUUUUCGGAAUAUUCAUUUUGGUACAUCGUUGAAAGAGAGAUUGACACAGAUAGAAUUUCACUCUUCAAGAUGCAUCCCUCGUGUUGCCACAUCACAUUUACAACAGGGCGACCGCGGAGUAUCAGCCACCUGUACCGUUCGUCCAUACAUCAAAUACGGGUAUGCAACUGCGACCGCACGUGCACGUACCUGUUUUGUGAACAUGUAUUUGUGUGAGUACGCGCAUGUACGUGUGUGUGUGUGUGUGUGUGUGUGUGUGUGUGUGUGUGUGUGUGCAUUCGCAGAUACAUGCACUCGCAAUCGGUAUUAAUUUCUCAGUCACAGACUCCUUUCGCGCAAGAGGCCCAGCCUCUAUUCGCCACAAGUGGCCCUAAACAUCGACGUUAGCUACGGUAACUUUUUCUUUUGCAGCCAUAUACACAUAUAUAUAAUCUAAUCUCGUAACAUAUACAUGUACUUGCAUAUACAUAUAUAUCUUUUUUCUCUUUUGUGUAUUUAUAUAUAACAUCCUUAAACGUGUAGGUACAGAAUUUUGUAUUUGCGCGCGUCUCGCGGCGAACGAUAAUAUUUGUCGUGUCGAGCAUGAUAAACACUGUGGCCGAGCUAUGUCUUUUGUGAUGUUUAUACGUAUAUUCGCGGUUUCGUAGACGAGUUUGGAAGGAAAAAUAUAUGUUAAUAAAAACUUUAUAUUGGAAGAAACUUGCGCAAAUAUUUCUAUACAGAAUGUGUAACACGUUUGAGAACAUUUACCGUUCUACCUCUUACGAUCAAAUUUCAAGUCAAUUAUCUUAAUCUGGAUUUGACUUCAUUAUUUCUCUCUUCUUCUUAACAAUUGCGAUGAUAAUGUAGAGAGAACGAUUUGGUCAAUCGCGGUCAUUUUUUAAUAAAAUGGAUCCUAAGAUCCUCGCAAAGGGAGAGAAUCUAAAAUCGCUUGUAUUUGCGAUCGAAUCUUAAUUAAUUCGGCAUGUAAGGCUCGGCGGGAGUCAAGUAAUGGCUGCGGCGAACUUUGGAAAACUUGCCGCUAAGCUAAUUGUAAGCCCAUUGCAUUUUAUGUGCUGUCGCAAAUGAAUUGCAUGGGGACGUACGCGCGUAAAUGGGAAAUGCGAAUGUUUCGCUUUGGUAUACGAAUAAAUAAAAUACAUAUACUCACGACCGGUAUAAUACUGUGUCCAUAUACAGAAAACUAAGUACUUCGGCAAAAGUACGUCGCCGGUCGUGUAUCUCUCUUAUAAUAAUUAAUUGCCUUUUCCUGUAUUCUUUUGGGCUCGGAUCGUCCAAUCCGAUCUUCAUUUUUAAUUCUUAUCGCACAAUUAGCUCACGCGAUACUCAUUUAUUCUAAAAAUUGCGUUAAUCGGUUGGUUCCAUAAUACCUUGUAGGAAGAGAUCACUUUCAGCAUGGAGUCAGUCCCGCCUUGUCAGCUAAUCUAUCGAAAUGCUAAUAACGUAGUCAGUAUUUAUGGUACCAAAAGUAAAUCUUUCACUAAUUGAUUACUAGAAUCCUAAUUUAAUAUGGACUUUCUAGAAAUCAAGAAACAGUCAUGAAACUAAUGUCAAUUAAUUCAAGAGAAGCACUUUCAUCGUAAAUCUAGAAGGUAAUUG